AUGUCUCGACUUACGAUUCUCUUAGUUAUUGCUGUGGCAUACGAAGUCGUUGCAGACGGUAAAGUAGCAGACUCGCGUGCUGAGCAGUCUGGGAUCAUCUCCCCGGUGAUCGCUAGCGCCGGUCUCGGCGGUCUCGGCUACGGUGGACUGGGUGGCGUCGGGCUAGCUGGCGCUGGCCUCGCGGGCGCUGCCCUCGCCGGCGGCUCCGGCAUCAUCGCCGGCCCUGCCGUCAUCGCUGGUGGACCAGGGCUAGGCUCAGGUGUAGCUCUCAACAACGCCGCCGCUGUCGGUGCCGCUCAACUUAGCGCCAUCCAGAACGCCCAAGCCGUACAGGCCGCUCAGAUCGCCAACUCAGCCGCCGCCGCUAUCCAGGGUGCCCGCGUCACUGAGGCGGCCGCUCGCGCUGGACAGGCUCACGCCAUCAACAACGCCGCCGCUCUGGAUGCCGCCCGUGUAGCUAACGUGCAGCGUGCUCAGGCCGCCGCCUGGGAGAACGCAAGAGCCGCUGAGGCUGCGAGACGCGCGGGUGCCGCCAGCGCACUUGAGGUUGCUCGUGCUGCUGAAGCCGAACGUUUAGCCAACGCCGCCCGCGUCCAGGCCAUCGCUAUUGCUAACACCCGUGCGGUGGAGGCUGCUCGUAUCGCUAACGCUGCCCGUGCUCAAGCCGCUGCGGUGGCCACCAGCGCCGCUCAGGCUCAGGCGGUCGCCGACGCUGUCGCCAGGAAUGCUCAGGACGGAGCCCUGCUGUUGGGCGGUGGUGGUGGACUAGUAGGUGGUGGCGCAGUCCUCGCCGCACCAGCUGUCGCCGUCGGCGGACUCGGCGGCCUGGGUCUCGGUCUGGGAGGCUUGGGAGGUGUCGGCUACGCGACUGGCUACGGUUAUGGCGGUCUUGGAAUUGGUGGUGGAAAAUACAUCCACUAGAAAGCAGUGAUCCGACCCAGUGAUGAUACCCUAUUGUCUAAGACAAACAGAUUAUAUCUACAUCCAUUUCGCAUUCUUCCAUAGAAAUGGUUAGCGGCAGAUCUUACGAGAUUUUGGACUGAUCAAUGUUAUGUAAAUAUUUAAAAAUUGGCAAUUAAGUCUGUCUUAUAAUUAAAUGUUAGCAAACACCGAC